CAAUUGCCAAAAUGAGGACUUGCUUAUGAUGUUCCGUACAUAAAGUAAGACAAGCACAGUGCUUCAGUGCACUAAUGCUUACCUGACAGCGGUCAGAGUUGAAGCAGCCGCUCUUACAAACUGCUUUCCUGCCGGUGUUCUUCUGUCUGGGCUGGAGUCGAAGCAGCAGGAGUGUUUUGUCGAGCAUCGAGUCUGGCUGUUAUGAGCAGACAAGAAGGACUGUGGCAGAUAAGCUGUUGAGUUUGCCGAACGAGAAGCAUGAGCAAACAAACGCUGCGUUUUUCCCAGAAGGAGAGCUUUUUGGAAAACGCCUGCGGUCACCGCAAAGAACGAAGCGCCUCGUCUCAAUCUUAACUCCGCCGGGUUUUUUUUUUUUUUUUGACACACCCACCCGGGACAGAUCCAGGGAGAGCUCACCGCGGUGACAGCGGGAAGAGCCGUUUCCAUUGAGCUGAUAUUUUACAGCAGCAAACAGAGAGCUGUUGGUUGUCUGCUAUAGGCGACAUAACGCAUGACGGACUACCUGACACAGGAAACUGCGCUCCAUGGAAGACCUGACCCCGGAGAAAAGCCACAAAAGAAAUCGGCUGUGGCCCAUCACCCAAAAGGCAAGGGAGGAGAAAAAGAUCGCAUAUUUCGUCGGAGGGAGAGCCUUUGUUGAAAACAAAGACAUAUUCUAACGGAUGUGUUGUUCGGCCCACUUUUAAAGGGAGAAUAGCUACGCUUUGUUUCAUCCAAUUUAAGAGGAGUUAAGUCACUGUUCUGAUUUUUUUUUUCUUCCGAUUGUUCCUGUUAAACAUUUCUACUUAAAAAUUUAUUUCAGUCAACGCUCGACGCUUACUACACGAAAGGCAGUUUUUCUUUACACAAAAAAACUUUGAUGCAGACUUUUGAUUGGUUCAGGAAUCCCAUUCCACUAAUGAAGAUUACAACUUCUGGAAAUCGCAAAGGGGCGAGGAUUUAUGGAUGUCCCAUGGAAACAGCCAUUCAGCUGGAUCUCUAACUCUUGUAUUAUGUUUCGGGUCAAUUUGAGCGGAUUUCAGUUUUUGUGCUGAUCAAAGUGCCUGGUUAUCCUUUAAAUUUAAAAAAUGUCUUUUUGAUGUACUUUAUUUUACUUCUGAAGAGCCUUUCAGAACUAGGUGUGUGUGAAAGAGGGACUUUCUGGCCACUGUCCUGUUUCCAUGCCCUUUCUUUGAGAAAUAGACCAAAAAAUGAGCUCCGUGCGAUUUACAGCUGAAGAAGCUUUAUCACAGCUUAUGUACUGGGAUAGUGAUGUAGAGGAAGAGAUUUCAGAGACUGAGGAUGCUUCAGAGCCAGAGGACAAUGUCAUUGAUGAUUGUCAAUUUCCCCAUGACGACGAGGAUUCAGAGGACGAGUCUGCCAGUGUCCCUUCAUCAAAUGAAAACCAAGAAACGCAAAAAUCGCCAUCCACAGAGGGGACUUUGACAUCUAAAGAUGGUCAAAUAAAAUGGUCAACAUCACCACACCAAAGCCGAGCUAGAUUAUCAUCUUCUAAUGUCAUCAAAAUGACCCCUGGUCCUACAAGUUUCGCUUUGUCAAGAGUUGAUGAUAUUGAAUCAGCAUUUCAGCUCUUCAUAUCCCCACCCAUGGAGAAGAUAAUUCUCGACAUGACCAACUUGGAGGGGAGGCGUGUCUUUCAAGAAAAAUGGAAGCCACUGGAUCCAUCUGACUUGCAUGCUUACAUUGGAAUCCUGGUAUUAGCUGGAGUAUACAGGUCAAAGGGUGAAGCAACUGCAAGUUUAUGGAAUGAAGAGUACGGAAGACCAAUCUUCCGAGCAACAAUGUCUUUGGAGACAUUUCACAUGAUCUCUCGUGUGAUCCGAUUUGACAACCGUGACACCAGAGCUGGUCGACGUGAGAAGGAUAAACUUGCAGCGAUCAGAGAUGUCUGGGAUAAAUGGGUCAAUAUUCUGCCAUUGUUGUACAAUCCUGGCCCACAUGUUACUGUCGGUGAGAGCCUCGUUCCAUUCAGAGGAUGCUGUCCUUUUCGACAGUAUGUGCCAAACAAGCCUGCAAAAUAUGGCAUCAAAAUAUGGGCAGCCUGCGAUGCAAAAUCCAGUUAUGCAUGGAACAUGCAAAUAUACACUGGGAAGCCACUUCGAGGACCACCUGAGAAGAAUCAGGGAAUGCUUGUGGUAUUGGAGAUGACUGAAGGGCUGCAGGGUCAUAACAUUACAUGUGACAACUUCUUUACAUCCUAUCGGCUUGGAGUUGAACUUCAGAAGAGGAAGCUGGCCAUGUUGGGAGCAGUCAGAAAAAAUAAACCGGAACUUCCCAGUGAGAUUCUGAAGAUGCAAGGAAGACCUCUGCAUUCCUCAAAAUUUACUUUCACAGAGAAUACAACUCUUGUUUCUUACUGCCCAAAGAGAAACAAGAAUGUUCUUGUGAUGAGCACAAUGCACAAAGAUGCAUCUCUAACCACAAGAGAGGACAUGAAGCCGCAAAUGAUCCUGGAUUACAACUCCACCAAAGGAGGAGUUGACAAUCUUGACAAAGUCACAGCAGCAUACAGCUGCCAGCGCAAGUCUACCCGUUGGCCGUUGGUGGUUUUCUACAACAUUGUGGACGUGUCUGCUUACAAUGCUUAUGUGCUGUGGAUUGAGAUCAACCAGCACUGGAAUGCCAGCAAGUUGUACCGACGUCGAAUUUUCCUGGAAGAACUAGGCAAAGCACUUGUCACUCCCAAGAUCCAGAACCGGGCCAGGCCAGCUCGUUCUCCAGCUGCUGCAGCUGUCAUUGCAAAUGUCCAGGUCAGGGCAUCUGAUCAACCCACGAUGGAUCCUUUGGAUAAAUGUGCAAAAAAACGCAGAAGAUGCCAAGUCUGUCCGUCCCGAGAUGACAGUAAGACAAGUACCUCUUGUGUGAGAUGCAAGAAGUGCAUCUGCAGAAAGCACACAGUGACAUUCUGCCCAUCAUGUGGAGAUUACUGAAAAUGUGAAACAUUGAAACCCCCCCAAAAAACGAGGCAAGUUAAACGGUUAAAGAAAAAGUGUUAGUGAAAAAGGAAUAUUUAAAAUCAGAAGUUGCUUAGUAUAGUUUUGAAUAUUUAUUCUUCUUAUGUCUUCUAAAUGUUUGCAUAAUCUAAUAUAAAGUUAUUAUUGGGUUAAAUUCAUAUUUUUUCUGCUUUGUGUUGAUUACACAAUGCGGGUCAAAAUGAUCUGCAACAUAAUAAAUGUAUUUUUUUCUCAACAUAAUACAAGGGUUAAGCACAAAUUUAAUGAAACGGUUAUUCUUACUCAAUCGGACUCACAUGGUCAUUAUAUGUCUAUUUCUAUUAACGUCUCCAAUUUUUUCUGUUAUUAAACACUUAUGAUUACUCAAGCAUGAGACAAAACAAAGAGUUAUUUCAAACACUGAUUAAUUUGAUUGAUAGUAUUGUUAAAAGGUUCUUUGAAGUAAAAAUAAUACGGGGCAGAGGUUUUAAUUGUACUAUUGACAACAAGAUUGAUAGAUGGGCAGUAAAAAAUUACAGGUAACUCUUUUUUUAAUCUGAUUUCAUAAAUGAAAGAGGCCUUGUUGAUAUCUGGAGAGUUAACAAUCCAGGAAGAAGAGACUUUACAUGGACAUACAGAGCUGGUUCAUUACAUUCUAGAAUAGAUUUUUUUGGUUAAUUUCAGAAUCCCUUACUCAACUGAACUGUCAAACGGAAAUUAUGCUGAUGCGUUUAACAGACCAUAAAGAAAUUAUAUUAACUUUAAAUUUAUCACCAAACAAACUGUUGUAUAUUUACAUUUUCUGUGUGUAACUAAUGCCACAUAUUUUAUAUGCUAAAACAAUAACUAUGAUUGGGUUUAAUUCUCUUUCGUGCUCAUUCUUUAGUGUAAGACAGUUCAGGACGCCCCCUUGUGGAUUUAACUCCUAGAUCUGUCAAUAGAUCUGUCUCCUUUCAGAGACAGAUCUAUUGCUGGUGGUUUUUUUCAAAGAAAACAUUUAAAACCCAUUAUAUUAGAGCAGUAAACUGUCAUUUAGAAGCAUGUUUUCUAAUUGCUGGUUCAAUACAAACGUAAGUUUCAGACAAAAUGGGAAGAUUUCUGAAAUAAAAGCUCCUGUUCCGCA